UUGCGUCUUCAGUAAAUACACGUAAAUUUGCUGAUUGGUUCGAUGUCUCUAUAUGAGUUGUAGUCCGAUGGUUCACAGUUCACCAACUCCGACCACUUAUCCGGUCAAUUUCCCGGCCGCCGGCCGUCGCCUCUUGGCUUCCAUAUUCGCCGACAAGGGUUUUGGACAGAAACCAACCAACCAUCCUCAUCUUCAUUUUAUUUCGGAUAACAAUAAAUAAAUAGAAGUUGGCGAUUACUCUUUUGUGACUUUGCAGCUACCGUACCCUUUCCUUUUCAAACCAAACCACCUUGACCUUUCUCUCUUGGUAGGCGUGUGUAAAAUGAUCCAAAUUCAAACAAUCUUAUCCCAAAUUCCACAUUACCCUUUCGAAAAUUGAAACCACACCCGACAAUUCUCCAAACCCAAAACUCCAAAACCAACAAACCCAUCAAAAUCCAACCGCAAUCCGACGCCACAAAAUCCCUCAGUUGUAAUGGAAGUGAAGCUCCGAACGGCUCGGACUUUGGUCUCCAAGCUCAGCUCCGUUUCCGAACAGACCCGAUCCGAAGCCCUCAAGGAGCUCCGCCUCAUCACCAAGCACGACGCCGACAGCCGCCCCUUCGUCGCCGACGCCGGCGCCAUUCCCUACUUAGCCGAGACUCUCUUCGGCUCCACCCCUGACUUACAAGACGACGCCGCCGCCACUCUCCUCAACAUCUCCAUCUCCUGCCGCCACAGCCUCAUUUCCACGCGCGGCCUCCUCGACGCGAUCUCCCACGCGCUACGCAACCACGGCUCACCUACCUCCUCCGCCACCGCCGUCCAGUCUUCCGCCGCCACUCUCCACAGCCUCCUCGUCGUGGAAGACUACCGCCCGAUCAUCGGCGCCAAGCGCGACAUUGUGUACUCGCUGGUUGACAUCAUCAAGAGCCCCAAGUCUCCUCCGCGGUCGGUGAAGGACGCGCUCAAGGCUCUGUUCGGAAUCGCUCUCUACCCCUUGAACCGGGCCUCGCUGGUGGAGCUCGCGGUUCCCGCGCUUUUUACUCUGGUGGUGAACGACGGCCGCCUGGGGAUCGUGGAGGACGCGACGGCGGUGAUCGCGCAGGUGGCCGGGUGCGAGGAGAGCGAGGACGCGUUUCGGAGGGUCGCCGGGGUUAGGGUUCUGGCCGACCUUCUUGAUUUCUCGACCGGGUCGAGCUUGAGGAGCAGGGAGAACGCCGUGUCGGCGCUGCUCAAUCUGGCUCGGUGCGGCGGCGAGAGGGCCGUGGCGGAGGUGAGGGAGGAGGGAUUGGGGGUGGUGGAUGGGAUUGCUGACGUGGCGGAGAACGGAGGUCCGAAAGGGAAGAGCAAAGGGGUGGCGCUGUUGAAGGUGAUUGAUGGCGGGAAUAAAAGCAUUUCGAGUAUAUACAGAGAUCCACGGUGAAUUUAUUAGGUUGUAUGAUUAUGCUUUCGAAUUUGGUUAUACGUAUGCUGCCCGGUAUCAGAUUUAAAACAUGAGGUGAAUGAUUUUUUCCAACUUCUAUUCUGAUCUUCACUAGGUAUUCAGCUACAUGUUGCUUUACUUUGUAUAUUGCCUACAGCUCAUUGGUAGAAAGCAGUGUCCAGCAUUCUAGAGGAAAUAAAGUGUGUUUCCAAACUUUAUAUAGAUGCCAAGGAUAUAGGUUUCGUGUAGUCCAAUUUUGUUUACCAUUUUGGUCUAAGAAUGUGUAGUCCAAUUUUCUUUACCAUUUUGUAUAAGAAUUUGAAUUCACUACGCUUUAAUAAAGAAGCAAAACUACAAUUGUGCUCUCAA